AUGGUCCCCAAUAUCCUCCCAAAUUGGGCCAGAGUGUUCUUGAGCAUUGCAACGGUUCUCUCCUACCUCCCCCAAUACCAUCGUAUCACAGAACAGGGCACCUGCGAUGGCCUCUCACUGUACUACGUCUUUUUCAUGCUUAUUAGUGCCACCGAGCAGAUUUCUAUCGGCUUCUUCCUCAACGUCAACGGCAGAGGGCUUCCGCGCGAAGAUGUCUUUGUGAACAACCCAGCGACGUUGGGUGACUGGUGCAAUCUAGCCCAGCUUGCCGUUGUAUGGGUUUCUGUGCUUGCUCUGUUCAUCCAAUGCUUGCGCUACUCCUCGUUUAGCGCCGAGAAACGAGCUGCUGGAUGCCGCCUCUUGGUCAUUUACAUAUGCUUUCUUUGCGUAUCUCUUAUCCCCAUGGUUGUUGACGCCAUUUACGCGAAUUCCCGAUCAGAGCGCCGACAAUAUGCCCGUGAUGCCUUUCUGUUCGCCCAUUACCUCGGCUUUCUACCCGUUUCAAGCAUUCUUACUCUCGCCGCCGUCAUCCCCCAAGCCCGCGAGAUACGGCGGCGUCAAGGACGCCCUGGGGCACUAUCUCUGCCUAGCCUAGCCGCCCAGUCUGUCAUAUCUGCCAUCCUAGCGAUUUCAUGGAUGAUCCGGGUCAAAUACCCCCCAUACCUGCCAUCUUGGGAUGGGUGGUACCGGCUGAUCGGAUGGCCCGUGGUGAACAAUGGCUUGUCUGCAUUUGUCCAGGGUGCUUUGCUCUGGAGAGCUCUAUGUAGUUCAAGCAACGAUGUGCAGAACGGCGAGAUGCAGCCUUUGCUGGUUCCCUAA